ACGGCAUUGGAGGGACAGCGAGGAAGCCAGUUGAAAGAGAGCAGCAGCAGCAGCCAUCUUCCGGUAAAUUCCCUCAAUUUGACUCCAAUUUUGUGCGUCAAUUCGCUAAUCAAUCACCAUUUCCAAAAUCCAUAAUACCGCCAUUUCAAUUCCUCCUUUUCCUUCUCUUCUCUCUAAUCAAUCGGAGAUCUAUCUCUCUCUGUUGUUCCCUUUUUCCGAUCUCAAUUUGGGUUUCUCUUUCCUUUUUUCCCAAACCCCACUUUGUCUUCCCGAUCAUCAGACCCGAAAUCCCUUUUUUUUCUUCUGGGUUCUGGCUGCUUCUGCUUCCCCCGCGUGUAGGAUUUGAUUCUUUGCAGGCGCUUGUGAUUCGCGGAAGUGGUGUUUGUUUGAGUGGGAAGUGAGAAACAAUGGGUAGCCCUGAGAAUAAUGAGAGUAAGGGCUUCUUUGCUGCCGUGACUUCUGGAAUUUCCAAGCUUAGCACCGCCAUGCACCGAUCUGUCAAUGGAUUUCUUGGUUAUGAAGGGGUAGAAGUUAUAAAUCCUGAUGGAGGCAAAGAAGAUGCAGAAGAGGAAGCUCAAAGAGGAAGAUGGAAACAAGAGGAUCGCGAAAGUUACUGGAAGAUGAUGCACAAGUAUAUUGGCUCAGAUGUCACAUCAAUGGUCACUCUUCCUGUAAUCAUUUUUGAACCAAUGACAAUGCUUCAAAAAGUAGCCGAGUUAAUGGAGUACUCCCACUUGUUGGAUCUGGCGGAUGAAUGUGAGGAUCCUUAUAUGCGGUUGGUGUAUGCUUCAUCAUGGGCUAUAUCAGUGUACUACGCUUAUCAAAGGACCUGGAAGCCUUUUAAUCCUAUUCUAGGAGAGACUUAUGAAAUGGUUAAUCAUGAUGGGAUCACAUUUCUUACUGAGCAGGUAAGCCAUCAUCCCCCGAUGAGUGCUGGGCAUGCUGAAAACGAGCAUUUUAGUUAUGACAUGACUUCAAAGUUGAAAACUAAGUUUUUAGGGAACUCAUUGGAUAUUUAUCCUGUUGGAAGAACACGGGUGACUCUCAAAAGAGAUGGUGUAGUAUUAGAUUUGGUGCCACCGCUCACUAAAGUUAAUAACUUGAUAUUUGGGAGGACAUGGGUUGAUUCACCCGGGGAGAUGAUAAUGACCAAUUUAACAACUGGUGAUAAAGCUGUACUAUAUUUUCAACCAUGUGGAUGGUUUGGUGCUGGCCGAUAUGAAGUGGAUGGUUAUGUUUAUAAUGCGGCAGAGGAACCUAAAGUUUUGAUGACAGGGAAAUGGAAUGAAUCAAUGAGUUACCAACCUUGUGAUAUGGAAGGGGAGCCUCUUCCAAACACACAACUGAAAGAGGUUUGGCAUCUGGCUAAGGCACCCGAGAAUGACAAAUUUCAAUAUACACACUUUGCACAUAAGAUCAAUAGUUUCAAUACUGCCCCUAAAAAAUUGUUGCCAUCGGACUCUCGAUUGCGUCCUGAUAGAUAUGCUUUAGAGAAGGGUGAUCUAUCCAAAGCAGGGUCCGAAAAGAGCAGUUUGGAAGAACGGCAACGUGCUGAAAAACGAACUCGAGAGGCUAAAGGACAAAGUUUUGUGCCUAGAUGGUUUAAUUUAACCGACGAGGUUACACCCACUCCGUGGGGCGACUUAGAGGUUUACCAAUACAAUGGUUUAUACACCAAGCAUCGGGCUGACAUCGAUAGUUCUAGCUCAAGCAGCAACAACGAGGUUGAUGUUACAUCGAUCGAAUUCAACCCCUGGCAAUACGGCAACUCGUCGACAGAUUAAGCCUCUCCUCUAUGUUUUAGUUGCUUGGCUUCUUCAGAUAGUUGGUAAUAUUUUUCAGCAUUUGAUAUUAUAGUCUGUUGUUUGUUUAUAUACAUAGAGUUUUUUACAUUUUGUAACUUUGUUAUCAAUCUUUGCCAGCUUCUUCUUCCUUCCAAUGUUCUGUCCUUGAUGAUAAAAUUCAUAAUUUAUGUGGUUUGACUUUUGAGUGGUGAUUACAUGAGAUA